AGCACGAUCGACGACCUUCAAGGGCGCGCGGGAGAGCUCAAGGGUGGGAAAGGGUUCCGCGGGUUCCUGAAAGGACUCAUCUACGGGUCUCGGAAUCAAGCGAUCCUGUCGGACAUGAAGGAAGACAUGGCAAAAGCGAUGAGCCUUUUUAUGGUCCGUCGACCUUGCCGACUCUUGAUGCGCGCUUUGACAUAUGCUUGUUUACUGCAGCUCAGAGGCACAAUGUCCAUCCAGAAAGUCCUUACCGAGAGACUGACCGACGCUCGUGAAGAGGGCCAGAAAGUCAUCGACUCCAUUCCUCGAGCAGAUGCAGGCUAUCGAUCAGUAGACGAACUCAAGAGCGGAUUCAUGCAAGGCACCCGGAAGGAGCUGUUCACGGAGCUAGAGCAGUGGUCAACCGGUCAAUUCCCUGAGGACAAGCCCAAACGAGUCUGCUACCUCACCGGCGGGGCGGGUCUGGGGAAGUCAUCGAUUUCCCACCAGCUGUGCGUCCGCUAUGACGCGGCGGAAGACUCCUCUCUCAGACUCGGCGCAUCAUUCUUCUUCGUCCGUGGACGCGGCGACCUCGAAGACGCGCACCUCGUCUUCUCGACUCUCGCACGCCAGCUUGCAGUGUCUCAGCCGACCCUUCGCCCUCUCAUUGUCAGCGCCGCACGCGAAUAUCUCAAACACGGCGACCGGCAGCAGAUGCGACACUCAUUUGAGGGACUCCUUCGGAAGGCUCUCACCGCCGCUCCCGCGGACCAGGCACCGACAUUGAUUGUCAUCGACGGAAUAGACGAGUGCAAGGACAGGAAGCUGGUCCCCGAACUGCUUCGGUCCUUGUUCGGUCUUGUCCGCGAGUUACCGUGGCUGUGUGUCUUCGCUGCGUCACGGCCGGAGCCCCACAUUCUGUCGGUGCUUGCACACCCCAGUUCGGCCGAUGUUGUCCAUCAUAUGCGACUGGAAGAUGCAGCGAACAGUGAGGAUGAUGUCGGGCGUUACCUCGAGGAGACUUUGCCGAAGAUGCCGUCAUACGGCGAUUACCUCGAGAAGCACCCGGAUGCCCUUGGACGUCUCAUCGAACGUGCGGCCGGUGUAUUCAUCUUUGCCCGGAUCACCGUGAAUUUCUUGGACGAACAUCACAAUCAUCCGGAGGAAUGGUUUUCGCUUGUCCUCUCGGGUGGGGGUCCAGCGACGUCACCUCUCGAUGCGCUGUAUCUGCAGAUCCUGCGGUCGGCAUUCCCCCCGGAAGACUUGCGCGCCUCGCCUCGAGAACGCGAACGUCUCAUUUUCCUCCUGCGUUUCAUUACACUGGAAUCUCAGUGGACAAGUCCCGAGACCGUUGCAUUCUACGGACGCGAUCUGUCCGUCGACGACGUCUUCUACAUCGUGGACCACCUGCGUUCUGUGUUGAUUAUCAACGAGCGCGGGCGCGUGGUGCCCCUCCACGCAUCGUUUGGCGAAUUCCUUGUCGACGAGGAUCGGUGUAGUGAUUCGCUCUACCAUGUGGACGAAUCUGAAGGACAUGCUCACCUUGCAUGUGCUUGUCUGGCAGCCAUGUCUUUAGAAAAUUAUACAUAUCGUCGACAGGAACCGGAUCAGCGGCCCCAGCACGCACACGUCAACUUUGAUAUAAUGUCACGCAGCUGGUGGGAGCAUGUUUCGCAGGCCAAAUGUACCGCGGAGUUGGAGGAGCAUCUAUCUCAGUUCGUGCAAGAUAUCCGACUGGCAUUCCAUAUGUGGAACAUCAGAGAAUUUGAUCCCGGAUUGCCCAGCUAUUCUAUACAGUAUAUAUGGGACUGUUUCCAGGUGGGUGAUUAA